CUGCUCCUCUAAACCUUUUUUUGAAGUCCACUAAAUUGAAAUUUCUUCAUUUUAAUUUAGAAGAGAAAAAUGAAGACAGGACAGUUUGAAAUGGUCACCAUGCUGCUGGCAGCUGUGAUCCUAAUGGACAACUUCCAGGUGAAGGCUGAAAUAUUAGACAUGGCAGAUAAUGCAUUUGAUGAUGAAUACCUGGAAUGCACUGACAGGAUGGAGAUCAGAUAUGUUCCCCAACUACUCAAGGAGGAAAUAGCAAGCCAUCAGCUCUUGGAGACUGUGUGGGAAAAUGCAAAAGCCAAAUGGGAAGCUCAGAAGACUCAGCUCUUUCUCCCUAUGAAUUUUAAGGAUAACCAUGGAAUAGCCCUGACGGCGUAUAUUUCUCAAGCUCAAGAGCAAACUCCCUUUUAUCACAUGUUCAAUGAAGCUGUAAAGAUGGCUGGCCAAUCUCGAGAAGAUUAUAUCUAUAGUUUCCAGUUCAAAGCUUUUCAUUUUUACCUGACAAGAGCCCUGCAGCUGCUGAGACAACCUUGUGAGGAUACCUACAAAAAUGUGGUGUAUAGUACAAGCCAGGGUACUUCAUUUCUGUUUGGAGGACUAAACCAAGCCAGGUUUGGCCGUUUCACCUUGGCGUAUUCAGCUGUACCUGAGGCUGUGAAUGACCAGCAUAGCCUGCUAACCAUCAACACAUGCUUUGGAGUUUCCAUUGAAAUUUUUUUGGAUAAAGAAAAUGAAAGAAUUGUUUUAAUACCUCUGAAUGAGGUAUUUCACAUUUCACAGGAAGAGGCUGGCAAUAGCCUUAUCCUUCAAAGCACAAACAAGACCUGCAGCCAUUAUGAGUGUGCAUUUCUAGGUGGACUAAAAACUGAAAAUUGUGUUGAGAACAUGGUGUAUUUUCAACCCACUUAUGUCUACAGCCCUGAUGAGAAAAACCAGAAGCUUGAAGACCCAGGAGUGGAAAGCCAGGAGCCUACUCUCCUAACGGAUAUGAAAAACCAUGAACCCACCCAAAUACCUGGAAUGAAAAUCCCAGAACCUUUUUCAUUACCUGAAGACAGAAGGGAAGGAAAUAGCGCCAAUCCUACUCCGGGACCCCUUCCAGUUCCAGGCCCCAAAUCCCAUCCCUCCGCAUCCUCUGGUGAAAUGCUCCUUCCACCGUUUGGGACAGUCGUCAUUUUAAUCUGUGCUUCUGCUAUAAAUCUCUUUGUUGCUCUGUAGUGUGAUAUAUUCUUUAUUACCUGAAAUACACUACAGGGAUCCUACAGGAAAUUUUAAAGAAUGAUGUAUUUUUCAUUUGUUGGCCAAAGUCUCCUGAUAAAAUGAGAAUUGUAUAUUUGUUAGUCAUUUUGCAAGUUCAUAAAGUUGGUCCAGAUAGGAAUUGUAAUAGAAUUAACUUUUCACUUAUUUCUGUAUUAAUCUUAUGAUUGCAAAAAAAAAAAACAAAAACAAAAAACUGUAUACUUCUGUUCAGAUUCAAUAAAAGACUUCGAUUAUUUAAAUAUAAUUUCAUUCAGAUUGCCAGAUAUUAAAAUGUCUAAUAGUAAUGAUAAUGAUAGUGGUUUUAAUACCUGAAUUAGAAUUUUAUUCUACCCAUCUCUUUGAAGGCUUAAACUUCAAAUAGUACCAUCCCUCAAUCUCAUCUUGCCUCAA